GGUUGUGAGGGUGGAUCUGGUGUGCGCUGGGGAUCUGGAGACUUGGAAUCUUUCCUCUUUGGAUGGAGUGUCUGGACGUCAGGUUUUCAUUACUGCGUAUUCCAGCUUCACAACGAGCACAGGAUAAAUCUAAGCAGUAGCUCUCCUGGACUCUCCACUGUCUCGCACACCAUGGAGCUGAGAGGGACAUUGUUUGCAGUCUGCGUGCUGUGUCUGCUACACAUUACCUACCAGCAGAAGAAAGUUCCAGCCAAGAAGAAUAACCAGGCAAAGAAAGCAGCAGUGACUCCCAGAGUGAUCGAAGAGAUCAAGAAACAGAUUGAAUCAAUCUUAUUGGAUCUGGAUUCACUGAAGGAACAACAAGCACUGCAAACAGUGUGCCUGCGGGGGUUCAAGAUCCUCAGGAAAUGCUUCCUGGUGUUCAGUGGGGAAAAGAACUACCACGAGGCAAGCGAAGACUGCAUGUUGCAUGGAGGGCUCCUCAGCACCCCACGGAAUGGGGAGGAAAAUGACCAGCUGUACGAAUACGCCAAGAAUACCGUGGGCCCCAACCUGGACAUCUGGCUUGGCGUGACCGACAUGGUGACCGAAGGCAAGUGGCUGGAUCUGAAUGGCAACAACAUCACCUUCACCAACUGGGAGACAGAGAUUACCUUGCAGCCCGAUGGGGCCAGCAGAGAGAACUGUGUGCUGCUCUCAGGCCAGGCCAACGGCAAGUGGUUUGAUGAGUCGUGUCGCUCUGCUAAACACUUCAUUUGUGAAUACAACAUUCCGUAAAUAUGCCACAACAUGAAAAACACCAUAAAGAUUACACAAGUAUAAUCUAACUGGAUUAGUUAUGCUAUCGAUGCUUUACUGGUUUGUUCCUUCAGAACAGACAUCUUGUUGCAAAUGGUGGAGAUAUGAAAGCACAGAACCAUUGAGAACUGUAGAACCAUAGAAACUUAUAGCACAGAAGACUACCAUUCGGCCCAUCGUAUAAAUAUGAUUCGCUUUCUUUGGAGGGUGAAGAAUAAAUACCUUUAAAAUUUAUAUUGGGAUUCAGAAACUCCGAUGUUUACAAUUAAUAGAAAAACAACCUGAGUUAGGAACAGUCACAAGAUCAGACGAGAGGUUUAGAUGAAGAAGAUCCAUUUGAGAUCAUUUGAUCUCAUCCUUCCAUAAAACAAACCUACCCACCAUCUUCCCAUCAAAGUAUUAAGCUUUAUUUUGAAAAUGUGUUGGUACCAUAACUCUGCAGAAAAGGUGACAGAGGCUCAGGCUGGAUUGCAGGGGGAAGGAGUGAGGAGUAGGUGUCGGUGUGAGAAACACAGCGCUGUUAUGUGUUUGAUGACUUCUUUGUCACAUAAUGCACGGCAGGAGGUGGGUGUCUGUUUUAUAAACCUUAACCCCAACCAGCACAAAGGGUAUAACAAGCAGCACAGAAUGUAAUAAAAACCUGGUAGACAAUGCACUUCCUACAUUAACUUUCAUAUCUUCACCAAUUAGAACAGGGUGUCCUUAUUAACAUUAUAUUAUGCAUAGCUCUAAUUUGAAUACCUUUCCAUAAACUGCUGUAUUUUCCUUUGUGAGGAUAUGAAUCCCUCUUUCCCUCCCCCUCUCCCUGAUCUCCCCAGAGCUUGUCUGAUCAGUAGCUGACAUGUGGGUGAGUGCCCUGUUCUGGGUGUCUGCCAGUGCCACCUGGUAUAACAAGCUCUGGCACUUCAGCCAAGAAUAAGUUCCCCUCUGGUUACUCCUCCCCAACUGGUUACCCCUCCCCAACUAGUUACCCCUCCCCACUGGUUACUCCUCCCCACUGGUCACUCCUCCCCCACUGGUCACUCCUCCCCCACUGUUUGCUCCUCCCCACUGUUUGCUCCUCCCCACUGUUUGCUCCUCCCCCACUGGUUACUCCUCCCCCACUGGUUACUCCUCCCCUGCACUGGUUGCUCUUUCCCCACUGUUUGCUCCUCUCCCCUCUGGUUGCCCCUCCCCCACACAAACUGGGGAACCAUCAGCGCCAAGGGUGCCUCCACAGGUGCUGCCACUCAGAAUGGAAGUGGCAGAGUUGAGGAAGAGAAGACUAAGGGUUGUGGGCACGGACCCAGAUACCCUUCGAUGCUCCAUCAUUGGCUUCACGAUGUGCCUGUCAAGCAUAGUAUAUGUAACCUAUCACCCAAUAACUUAUCACCAGUGACUCCCACUGCCAUUCAGAUGAAAGCAACUCUGAGGGGACAAUUUACCCAAUUGUCCCUCCCUCCCCAUGGGUUGGGAAGGGCCCUACUCACAACUAAGACCAGUGUAGCAGAUGUGCGUCUUUGCACUCCUUGUCACCAUGUGCUAUCGCUACACUAUGUUGUCCGCGAUGUGAAAUAUUUCUUAGCUGUGCGGGAAUUCAUAGCUUGCUUAACUUAGUUAUCUUGUACUGAACAAUUGUGCAAUGCAUGUUAUUGUACUUUCCAGUGCUUGUCUUAAAUAAAAGUCAUUCAAAACAAA